AAUUGAACUUGUGAAGCCAGCCUUGUGGCGCGGGGUUACCAAAAUUUUCGAGUUCGUCAUCAUUUUGUAGGAAUGCUAUAUUAGUAGCAAACAGAUAAUAAAUUAGCAGUUAUCAUCUGACAGGCUACACAGAAACAAUUCCAUUUCUACAAUCCGUUAUUUUGGUCAUUUUAUACUUUGGCAUGUCGAUGUCUAACGGAGAUUAUGUUCGGAUACCACUUUCUGGGAGUUUUGAAGAUCAAGUGGACCAAGAACUUCAAGGGACUUUAGAGCAUAAUACUAACAUUGAAAGUCCAAAAACGGAAUCAAGCCUGGGUCCUUUCAGCUUUAAGUUCUACCAACAGUACUUCGAUGUUGAUACAAGUCAGGUUCUGCAUCGUCUUGCCUCUGCAUUCAUACCUAAUCCGCGUAUAAAUUUCAUUCAACAUUCUCUAAAACCUCGAGCUGAUCUCUAUGGUCCAUUUUGGAUUUCAACUACGUUGAUGUUAGCUGCUGCCAUCGGGGGGAAUAUAUCCAACUAUUUGCAGUCACGUCGUGAGGUAUCUUCAUGGCAUUAUGAUUUUCAGAAAGUUACGCUGACAUCAACUAUCAUUUAUGUGUAUUGGUGGCUAACACCACUGCUGUUGCAUGCAGUUAUGCACAUUCAUCGUAAAAACAAGAAACCCCAGUCAAACGAUGCUGAAAGCGAUCUCACUGACCUAUUGGAACGUUCCGACACUGAUUCAUCAUCAUUUCACAAUGCGAAAAAUGCAAAUAAAUUCUUCGAUGUUCUGUCGACCUAUGGUUAUUCAUUAGCAGUUUUCGUUCCUGUUGCAAUUUUAUGGACAAUUCAGAUUGAUAUACUACAAUGGUUAUUGUUCUUAGUUGGAAUAGGAAUUUCUGGGGCAUUCCUAGUAUUUGCUUUAAUGCCUAGUAUACGCAAAGAAUAUCCAAAGCUUGCAACACCAAUAAUGAUCAUUAUAAUUGUAGUACAUUUUGGUUUUUCAUUAGCUCUAAUGAUUGCCUUCUUUCAUGGAUCUCCACCUGUACUAGAUCCUCUAUCUCAUACUGGUUAUAUACAUCAACAAAAUGUUUUGGAAAAUAAUAAACAACUGUCAAAUAUCACUGUAUUAACUACUAAUAAGCCAGUAUAUCAUUAAUUCAUCUGUUAUUUUAGCUUGAGCACUGCUAUUUUAAGUAGGAAAUUUGUUAAACAACGGUAAUACUAUUAUUACUACUAACACUACUAUUAACUGUUAUAAACCUUUGUACAGGUGCAGUUGAUUCCUUUCUUUCUGUUUGUUUAUUACUGCUUCUGUAUUGUACUAUCAUUUCCACAAUACAUAAAUGCAUGCAUAACACUGUGAUAUUCAUUGUGUUUCAUUUUUAUUUUAACUAUUUUCAAAAUAUACGGAUUACAUAGUAAUUGAGGUCACAUUUUCUAUUGAGUAGUUGAAAAUGAGUAAUUUAAUGACUGGAUGUUAUAUAAUUCAUUCGGAACAUUAUUAUUAUUAUUAUUAUUAUUAUUAUUAUUAUUAUUAUUAUUACCACUACAAGGUAUAAAAAGAUGUGAAUAAUAAUCGUUUAGUUUUAGUUAUUUGAACACAUAAAUAUUGGUACAAGGGGGCACCAAAUAUAUAUGCACCACACAAUAAUAAUCGAGUAUUAUGACAUUUGUUUAUUAGAGGAAGUAACACUCAUUUUGGGUUACAUUUAUAAAAUGUUUUGUUACUUUUCAAGUGUGUCUUAAUAUUUCAUAAUAAAAAGUAAAUAGUGUCUGUAUUUGAAAAGUACAAGUUAAUUGAUAUUUUACAACCUUAUGUAUAUGUGCUUACUCAGGAAAGGUAAUAUUUGUUAUAUACUACUAACUUUCAGUGUUUUACUUAGUACAAUUAACGCUAAUGAAUAAUUGGUGUGAAAUAUACAUUGAAAUCAUACACAUAAGAAGUAUUGAAACUAUCGAAUCUUGUACUGUUAUAAAACUUCGAUGCUUACAUGUCUUCGCAAAUAUCCCUUAUUGUUAUCCUGUUAUUGACUCAAUUGGCUGUCAAAUCAUUAUACUAUAAUGAUGAAUAGUUGAUAUCAUCCGGUCUUAGUUUUAUUUAUUUAUUUGAACACAAAUAUUGGUACAAGAGGGCACCAAAUAUAUAUGCGCCACGCCAUACGCCAUUUGUUCCUUCAGGAUACUGGAGACUAUGUGCACCAUUGGUUUGGGAUCCGGCUAAAGCGCCGAACAUUCGCUUUUCGUCCUCUCAU